AAACGAGGCGAAUAUUAGCAAAAAAAAAUCAGAAAAACGCGUUUGUGCUUUGUUUAUUAUAUUUUAUAAAGGAUAUAUUAGCAGGUGGUUGUUAUAAAAUUACAAAGUUGUUUUGAUUUUAAAAAAUUUUAAUGUAGUAACUUUGUGGCUACAAAAAAUGGACAUUAGUCAAACAGAGGUUAUCUUUUUUAAAAUUAAUUCGCUUAUCAAUUAAAAAAUUUAACAAUCGUCAGAAUGGUUAACAACGGGCACGAAUUCGGGAAAAAAAUAGAAGAGAUCUUGGCAGAACUAUCGCAAGACGCAAAAGUUUUAAGAUUGACUGGAUUGCAAGAUGCUUGUACUCAAGCUUUGGUACAAUUGGAAGACUUGGCCGUUAACUCAAAAGUUGAAUCUUCUCAAUUAAGAGAAUCUUGCUUUUUGCCAUUCAAAAUUGCUUUAGAGUCGCGGUCUGUAAAACUGGCAACAAUGGCGGUCACCGGUUUACAAAGGCUCAUAUCAGACGAAAGAUUUCAUUCCAAAUUAUUAAACGAAAUAGAAGAACUUCGCUUUCCUAUUCAAUUUUUAAACACUGUAGCUUCUACCCCUUCGCUUUCUGACGAAGUGCAAGUUGAAGUAAUGAAGCUGCUAAUGUUAAUAACAAGCUCGGAAUCGUGUGAAAUUCACGGAGAUCAACUUAUUAAGUUUUCGGAGAUGUGCAUGGAAACUUAUGUAAGAGCUCAUCAAACUCCAACAAAAACUGCAUGCAAAGCGACUCUUAACCAAAUGCUGAGCUCCGUUUGUAACAGAUACCAAGAAAGCACGUUUCAAAGAAUUUCACAAGUCAAAAAAAAUUUGAAUUUGGGUGAUCGAAAUAGAAUUUAUUGUCAAGAUGUAGUAACAUUGCUAAAGCACUUCUGCUAUAAGCUGAAUCCAAGCAAUACAGUUAGUUAUCACCAGCAAGCACUUACACUGUGUUUGGAAUCAAUGCAAUUAGUUCUGGCAAAUCUCUCUAUAUCUAUUCAACAAGAUGCUGAUUUUAUCACUUUAGUAUGCCAGACAAUAUGCCCAGCUCUUGAUCAUCUCGUUAAUUUGAAUGAUUUGGAACCUCCACGCAACUUAAAUGAUGAAGUUAAUCACAAUAAAGCCCAAGGAACUUUAAACCGAUUUUUGAUCCCUGUUAUACCAAAAUUAGUUUAUGCAAUAAUAUUUGAUAUCAUCAGAUUAGCAGGCACACUAAGUAAAAUUAGACGCACACUUGAACCAAUGUUUGCACGAGUUUCUUUAUGUACUCAACCAUCAAUUAGAAUUGAAGCACUCAAAGUUUUGAAAGAGAUUGUUGGAAACCCUCAACGAAUAUUUGAUCUUGCCGGACCGACGCAAAAAAGAACGGAGGACUAUUCAAUCGAAAGUCAAAAAUUAGACAACGAGCUUUUUAAAAUAAUAAUGGCUAGCAUAAAUGACUCCUCUAAGCAGAAUGAUGCUUGUGUCAGUGGAGCAAGUGUUUCUUGUAUAGUUGCAUUUUUGGGAACUCUUGAAGAUUUAAGCACGGGGAGAGGUUUAAACGAUAGCCAAGUAGAAGCUUUAAGUAAAGUUAAAGACCCAGAAAAUUUUUUUGAUAUGUAUAACAGGUCUGAAAAUCAGUUAUCAUCGGCAUUAUCAAACGGUAACCUUUCCGAUAGUGAAAGUUCACAAAGUGAUGAUUCAGAAAAUCCACGUGAAAAGCCUAAACACAUUCGAUGGCAGAUGGAUUAUGAAAGAGAAAUAGAAGGCGAAGAAAUGACCGAAAAUAAUGAAGAAAGUCAAUAUUCAAACAUGUUAACUAAAACAGUAACGUGGGCACAAAAUAAUGAAGAAAAACUUAUCGACAGCAAAUUGGAUGUAACAUUACAACGCGGAAAGCCGAAAACAGAAAAUCGCAAAUCUUCGAUUCCAAAGCUUAAAUCAAGCUACCCACCAGUUAAAGCAAAAACAGACUCUGGUUUAAAAAAAGUCAAAAAAAACGAUUUGAAACAAAAAACAAAUAUACUUUAUAGAUCUUUAUCAUCUAUUGAUUUGCGACCAAAUGACCCAGCAACAAAAGAACCUGUUGAAAUCAUUCAUCCUCUCCGCAGAACUAAAUCUGCUUCUUUUUUAGAAAUUAAACCCCGUCGAAAAUAUCAUGAUACAAACAUUGUUCAAGUAGAGUAUGGGUUUUUUUAUAAAUAUUGGAGAAGAAACUCUCCAAAAGAAAAAAAACAAAUGCUAGAAAAGACAGCAGAAUAUGAUAACAAAAAAGAUGAUUCUAAAAAUCCAAAGCCCAUACUGCGUAGAGUAAAGUCUUUCAAUGAAGAUAAAGUAAAAGAAUCUGAAAAUCUUGAAAUAAAACCAACUCGCUUAGAAAUAGUAAAAAAUUUAGAGGAGAACACAUCUCCUUCCAAAGAAACCACUAUAAACGGAAUUCCUCUUAGCAAACUUCCGAGGCAACAACGAUCUAAACUUCCUAAAAAAAAACCUCCUAAGCUUAAAAUGGCUACAAUUAAUACUCCAAAAGAAAAUGAAGUGUUAACAGAACCAGAAAAAUCGGUUGAAGAAGUUGAAAAAGAGGGAGCAAAGAACUUUGCACGUUGUCUACUUGGCAUUUUGCCGUCCGUUUUAGCUGCAACGGAACCCGCUUCUGCUGAUGAGCUGCUUCAACAGUUUGCUUCUGAUGUUUGUGAGGCUGUCACUUGCAUGGCACUAAAAAGAAAAAAUGUUCCUAAUUUUGGUAUUGUCCGAACCCAUGAUAUGAAAAAUGAAAACACUGAAGAUUCAGACCCUUCAUUGAACGCCGAUGGUGUUUAUAAAACAGUAUAUGAAACAUUAAAAUUGAGUUAUAAACUUACUCAAUCUGGCUUUUUUAAUUCAAGAGAAAACAAACCUCCAAUUUCACAAGAAGAGUUCGUUGAUUCAAUCAUCCAUUCAGGGCUUCCAGUUCGCUUGUCAAGAGUUUGGUUAUCUGAGGUUUAUCGUUUAGCAACAACAUACGACAUCUUGUCAAAAGCUGGAUGUAAACCAGAGUCUAGAGAAUCGAACAAAGCUUUAAUAGGAAUUUUAUCGGAAAAAAUAUAUACCCAACACCCUAGUCGAAUUAAAGAAAACGAUGCUGCCCCUUAUUACGUUGGUUCCGAGAAUAUUCCGCCUGCUAAGCGAGAAGGAAUAAGGUUUUCACGUAGACUUCUUUUAUCAACUUGGGAUCAAGUUCUUGGAAUUUUAUCGAUUCCGCUUGAUACAAACUCUAGAGUCAAAGCAGGAAAUGGAACUGUUGGAUUGGCUUUAAUGCUUAAUGGUAUUGGCAGUCCAAAUACAAAUCGGCAGCUUUCUAUGGAACGAGAUUUAGUUUGUCUUACCUUGGAUGGAUUUAGAAGAGCAGCCAGGUUAUGCUGCGCUCUUGACAUUCAAUCUCGAUGUGAUACAAUUUUGUCUCGAUUAUCAGAGGCAUCAUGCACAGACUAUUUUGAUGAAAAGAAACAUCGAUCUGGAAAAUUUUCUGAUUCUGUAAAAUUGCACGCUGCUCAUGUAUUAAGCAUGGACACUUUAUUGGCAUCUGGUUUAGAGUUAGGGAGCAACUCUCCACAAGCAUGGGCGCAUGUUUUUAGAUGUUGCAUGUACAUAUCAAAUUUGGAGCACGCAUCAUUUAGUGAUUCUCCAAAUAAAUCCAUUAAACUAAACUCGCUUUCAUCAUCUACAGAAGAAAUAUGUAACAAAGAUACAUCUUUUGAUUCAAAUAGUUCAAGCAAAAGCCUAGUUAACGGUGUAUUGAAUUCAGAAGACGCAAGCAGAGCUGUUUAUGCGUUAUCCAGUGCUGUUGAUAAUUUGUUUGACAUGGCAGCAACCACUCUACCAAUUAAAUCCUUUAAAGGAUUUUUGAAAGCUCUUACAGAAGCUUCUUAUCAACAACUUUUUGGCAAAGACAGUCGAUUUACUGCAAUGGACACAAAGUCAGCACAAAAUACAAAGAGUAUACAACUACAAAUGAUAACGUUGAACACUCUGCAUCUUUACCACAUUUGUGAUGUGAUGUUACGUUGUGCCCGAAACAAUAAUCGUCCACUUCUCCAUGUAAUGGAAGCUUGGUCAAUAAUUUCAUCACAUUUAGUUGAGGCUGCAUAUCAUCGGGCACGGCAUGUUUCAAAGGUAGCAUUAACCUCUAUUCAUGAUAUAUUAAGUGAAAUGCUGAAAAGGCGUAAUGAGCUACCACAUUUUUGGUUUUAUGAUACAUUGUUUAUGCCAUUCAAUACAUUAAUGGCACUUGAUACAUGUGAUGAUGAAAUUCAAGAUCAGAUUCUUUAUACUUUGUUCGAACUUGUUGAAGGUUUUGGCCAAUCAAUAAAGUCUGGCUGGCGAUCAUUGUUGCGUGCAUUAAGCAAUACACAAAUUUCUAAUCGCCAAUCCUUGGAAGAAUUUAAUGACAGUGAACAACGUCAAAAACUUGUUUUCAGUAUUAUUGAACAUUUUGUGAACAUAAAAAGCAAUAGUGUGUUUGCUUCAUCUGUUGUGAGUGCUGUACUGUGCCUUCUAAAAUUUUUAAGAGGUGGUUCAAAUGAUAAAGAAGAUUCUUUUGAAAAAUCUUUUGAUAAAGAUAGCUCACUUAAAAGUGACACUGAAAGCAACACUAGUGAUUUUUCAAAUGCUAUGGAGUUAUGCGGACCAAUUUUAAACAUAAUUCUUCAAAUAUCUAAAAAGUUAUCUUCAAUUUACAUUCAGCCAUCUAGCUCUAUUUUUAAUGGGUCAUACUCAAUUCUUCUUGUAAACAUGACUGAGUCACAAGAUCGAGUUUGGGAUGAUACUUGGUCUCAAUCAAAAAGCACUUCAGCAUCAGAUUCAGAAGGAAAGAUAUCACCUAUCAGUGCCGCAAAAUCUAUAGUAGCAAUAGAUGAUACUGGCAUUCUGCGUGUAUGGUUUUUACUUUUAGAAGGGCUUACUACUAAUGUUGCUACUAGUCCUCAAAGGUUUCAGCCAAUGAUUAUAGAAAUACUGUUUGAAAUACUGCGAUCUGUAACCACUGUCCCUGGUCCUCAUUUUUCCAUGUUUGCAAUAUCAAAUCUUUUGCUUCCAAUGCUUCGUUCAUGGGUUCAGCGAGGAUCUAGAAAAAAGUCAUAUUGGGAGAACACAUUAACCAAUUUUAAACAUGCCUGCGGCUUGGCAACACAAUUGGUAGUUGAAGAAAUCGGUCAUUUUUUAACAGUUGAAGGAGCAGAAAAUUGUGUACCAAUCAUGUUAAAGCAACUAUUAGAUCUUUUUCAAGAAUGUAUUGUGCAACCAAAUGAGGCAAUUGCACGAACCGGUUGUUCUUGCUUGAGACACAUGUUAUUAUCAGCGGGACCUCAGUUCACUGAAGAACUUUGGGACAUUUUAUGCAGUGGAAUUAAACGAAUUUUUAACUCUACUCUUUCACCAGUACGCGAAUUAAUUUCUUGUUUUCGCCACGGUUCAACUAGCGUUAGCGGAGACAACGGAAUCCACGUAAAGGUUGUAGCAAGAAGAGACUCUAACCCACAGGAAUGUAUGAGACUGUUACAAAUUGCUGAACAGGUUUUCCUAUUAGAGUCACAACUGAAAGAAUUACCUUCGAGAUCGGAUUCGUCAUUUGAUGAAGAUGAUAAUCGCUCUUUUAUAUUUCUGUUAUCAACUGAUCGCACUAAAUCGGAUAACAUUAAAACAAGAAUUUCUUUUCGUGGUUUAACCGUAAGUUUGUUAUGUAGCGAGAUUCUUACUCAAACCCUUGGUUCUAUCUUGUUGGAAAGUGCAGAUUCUAUUCGUGGUUCAAUUCUUUCGAACAUUACAGAAAGUGGUCUCAUAAAACGAAACAAAGAAGAUAAUUCUCUCCCGGGUCUACUUUGCUACCUAUCUCCCGUUAAUUUAGGAAUUUUAUUUGAUUGCUUAACAACUACAUACAACGUUGCGAAUGACUAUAACAAUCGACCCGGUUUGAGAUCGCUCGUGCAAAAGCUAGCUCGGUUUACGCAGUCAACUAAUCUUUUAAGACAAUCAAUUACUGCUUUUGCCAUUUACUUAAAUACUUUAUUUCAAAUAUCUAGACAUGAUGGAGAAAACUUUUCUAUUUCAAGCAUAAAGAGAAUUUUAACUGGUGAAAAGGUAUUUCUCGAUGGAAAUCACGACUAUUCUCCGAGCAGUGACUCGACUACUCGAGCUUUAAACGAAGAUAAAUAUCGAAAUCUGUUAAAAGGCGAAGCCAAUAUUGAUUGGAUUAUCAAACGUUUGUUUGAUGCAUGUAAUCAAAUAAGCGCAACGUACCAAACCCUCCAUCAAUCAGAAACUUUUAUAGAGCAAGAUUCUGGGUUUCUUGACAUAACAUUUCAGUCACCGCAAAUAUCGCCGAAAAAAGACUUAGAUUUUUCAGAGGAGUGUGUCGACUUAACCACGCUAAACACCUCUGUACAUAAAGGAAUAAAAUUCAGCUCACCAUUUCGACAAAUAAAAAAAGGACUUGAGCAAACAGAUCCAUCAAAAAGUCAAAUUCAUCAGUUGAGGAAAAAGAAAGACGAGGCAGUUCAUUUGUAUGCCUGGUCACAAUUAAUCGUAAGCAUGUUAGAAUUGUUGCUUGGGUUACCUACUUUGCAGUUCAAGUCUGUGCUACCUGCUGUUUUUCCUGCUGUUACUUCUCUAAUAAACAAUGUUCAUGAUCCAAAAGUCCGUCAACUUGUUUGUGAUGUAGUGCGAAGGUGCGGUUCAAUAUAUGGUAUAAUUUAAGGUCCGCUAUUAUAAACGUAGGCAGAUUUUUAACUUCAUACUAAGUCAGCAACCAACCUUAGAGUAAACAGUUAAAAACGCUUUUUAUUCGACGCAAUAUUUAAUUAUGCUUUGAAAAAAGCCACGGAUUUUGACGCAAUAAAUAUCCAUUCACUCGCAAUUUUUAUGAAGCCCUGAAUAACUGACUUUAGUUAAAUUUUUUUACUUAUUUAACGCACCAUUGCACUAAAAACGAAGUUUCAGUUUUCGUUUGAAUUUUAUAAUAUUUUUUUUUUGUGUGUUAAAUUUAGCGUGCAUUAAAUGAUUUUUUGUUAACAGCUUUUGUAAAAUAAAUUUGUUUAUACGAAAAAAACAACUGUAGUUCUAUAACCUACAUCGCAAUCA